AAAAAUAUUGCUUGAUAUAUUGAAUAAACUAAUGAGAAAAAAUAUUAGGUAUUUUGACCUUGUAUGUUAACCUCGAGUGCCAUUUGUACCUUCAUUUCAAAAAAUGCAGAAUUAUUUUUCUAAUGCUAGUUUUGGUAUUUCUAUGUCUGCUCACAAAAAGGUUAUUAUAAAAUUAAAGUGAGUAAGCUUUUUUUUUUGCAUGCAUUGCAAUUGAGCAUUGUACAGUUUUGUGGUUAAAUCAAAAUGGAUUGUAAAGAAGCUGUUCUCAGAGCUGUGAUAAUCUCGUGUAGAGAUUACUGGAGUGAAAAUGCAAUGCAGUUCACUGCAAUCAACUGCUUUGGUUCUACCUCACACAUCAAAAUUGUGACACAGAGGUUUCAUGAAUGUGGUCAUCUGAGAAUUAACUUGCAGCAGCUCAUCAAUGAAUAUAUUUCCAGUAGCAACAAGCCUGAGCUACUUGAGCUUGUAAAUAAAGACCUGGUGCAUCCAACAUCAGUGGUAUUGGCAAAUAUCCAGUUGCAUCUGCAAGGCACCAACUAUCCUGUAGAGCGACGAGCAUUACUGGAAAAAGGCAUUUUGAUGUUAUGGCUGAGUCAGCCAACUGUCAUGAGAAAUGUGAUACUUGGCGCUGUGUCUGCACAAGAAACACUCCAGAGCAAGGCUGCCCAAUAUGAAUCUUUUCUUGCUAGUGGCUUAGACGUUUCUCUUCUAUAUGGCGCACAGAACAUAUUAACUAAUCAGACGGUAUCUGUGCUCACAAUUUCAGCAUCAUGUACUGCUGACUCAAGGAGUGAUAAUGAAACGGCUGUGAGUGAAGACAUUUCCAGCUACCGUGCCAGUGUGGUUGCUGAUCUUGUAUCGGCCAUUGUCUGCUUGUGUGGAGGUCAAAUCCAACGCUGCCACACGAGACUAUGUCCAAGUUUGUGUCAGAACUGCAAUGAAAAUGAGGACAGUGAGGGUCAGGUGCACAACAAGGCAGCAGCAGGCGAGUGCCAUGCAGCGCAGUUAAUCGCCGUGGUGCAGGGCAGCGGCGUGAGCUGCCACUCGCCACCCGCGGUGCUCGUAGGCCCCGUGGUCGACGCACUGCACAAGAAGAAGCUCAGGCAUUGGGAUGCCAGGAGAUGCCACGAGCUCAUAUACGCAGAGCUAGAGGCAGCCAGCGCUCACAAGCAGCCCCUGGAUGGCGCGGGAUGGCCGGAGCUGCUUCAUCAGCAGGCAGCGUCGUGUCUGCGUCUGCUGUUGCUCACUCCUGCCCCUAGCUCCCCUCUGCAGCUCCGCACCGUCGCUCCCGCCUCCAACGUCAGGGACGUGGCGUUCCAACUGUACAACUAUGCGCGUGUACACGCGCUGCUUUCAGCACACGCCGCUCUGCAGGCGUCGGGCGCUGUUCCUCCCCUCCCGCCUCCUGCAGACGUCUCCUACGGCUCCCUCACCCAGCCGGAGGAGUGGGGCCUGACGUGGCUGUAUGUGCAUGAGUGGCCAUGCCUCGUGCACAAGCUGGGCACUGCAGUCCUACGGUGCUCUGCUCAUGGCAACGAGACGAGCAACAAGCGCUUCUUCCCGAGCCACUUGGUGGCCAAAUUCCUGCAUGAUCUCAGUCAUUGCUUCAGUGUUUACUACAACAGAGUACAUAUUUUGCCCGGCUCUGUAGUGCCCAAACACCUCGUGGAUGUUCUGCAUGCCAGAAUCUACUUGUUGAUGGCUAUCAAGAACACCAUGGAUGCAGCCUUCUAUCUCAUGAACAUUGUUCCGCCCACUCAGAUGUGAAUUUGAUUUACAACAUCACACGACUGAAUUUAAUUUAAUUUGUCAUUAGGAAAUCAUGUUUCUGAAAUGCUAGUUAUAGGAAUUGGCCCUAGGAAUAAAUCAUCGUUACCCGGUGCCUCAGUGCAAUAGUUUCAGUUUCACAAGUUUAGUUACUUUAAUAAAAGUUAUAAAUAUGUGAAUGUUAUUAGUUCGCACUUAACAUUACUAGGGAACGUAUCAAAUGUGGACCAAAUUCGAGAUAAAAAUGAUAUCUAUCAAUUGGUUUGAACUUGCAUUGAAAAAUGAACUUCUAUGAGACCCGAACGUUGAAAUUCGCUCAAAAUUAUCAUGAAUUAGUAUAAUAGGUAAUCGUUUGAGUGAAUUUUGGAACUGUUUAUUGAAAGUAUUUUCGCUCAACAAGUUGCGUGCGAUACGACCCAGCGGCGGGUCCCAUUUUUUUUUUACUCACAUGACCGUGUGUUGCUCAAUUUAUUGAUGCUAUUUAAAAAAAUUUCACAAGCUAAACAUCAUCGUUAUGUCCUAAUGAAUACGUGUACCAGGUUUCAUCGAGCUACCUUCAUUACUUUGAG